AUGGGGUGUAUUGACGCCCUGGGCGAUGAGCUCGAUGCAGUUGCUCAGGGGCUGACAUCUCCCCGCACGUUAAGGCUUAGGCGAAGGCUCAGAGACAAAGCGACCGGCGCAUCUAGGGGGGCGAAAGAACAGGAAGCACAAACAUCUGUGUCUCCCGACUUCGCCCGAAGGGUAUCGACAGGGGAUUUCAGCAGUCCGUACGGAGCUUUGGAGGAUCAGCCGGAGCUAAGAAGUCAUCUCGCUGUGGUUGCGGCCUCUCAUAUGCAGAAGCGUGCGGCGGAUGUUGUUGCCUGCGAGCAGCUCGCUGCCCGAAGGGUGCCUCUGAGAUCUGCGAACAGUUACAAUCACUAUGUUAUCGCGCGUGCUCGCAGCCGCGGAAAGGCCAGGGGAUCCUGGACCUUGGAUACGGCUGAGCCGGAGGCGUACCGACGGCACUUGGAUGAACAGGGAGAAGAUAUGAAGCUGCUGCAGAAGCAACUGAAAGACCUGCAGGCAGCGAACCAGGAGCAGCAGAUUCAGCUUCAGCUGCUCUUUCAGCAAAGGGAAGAGGAAGAGCACCAGCGACGGUUGCACGAGUUGCAGCGCAUACUUCAUGACCAACGCCGCCAGCAGCAGGAGGAGGCAGAGCAGGAGCAGCGCCAGCAGAAGGACAUCACGCCGCCUCCUACACGCCGUUCAGCAACCCCCUCAGGCGAUCUCCGAGAGCAAGAGGGGAUUCCUCAGCGGGAAGAGCAGCAGAAAGACGGAUUUAGAGGCUUGGUGAUGAGGGUUGACAGUCCAACGGCCCUCACUUCUGCCUAUGGCUCUGCAUCAGGACUUGCGCGCGUACUUCGAGAGAAAGAUUCGGAGGAGCAAGAGCAGCAACAACGUGGCGGGAGGCUCAGACUCAACGCUCGAGGGCAGCUUGCCAGUGGUGACAGAGGCAGCAAACUCGCAACCGAGAACCUUCCGACAGCCUUUCCAGGCUGGGUCUGCUUCCCUCCCACAAUUGCGCGGGAAGAGGACAUUGCAGCAAAAGCAGGGGUAACCACUAAGAAGGAGGAGGCCUCUCUAAGUGACUUCAGAGUCUCCACAGCCACUGACGAGGCCUGGGCUGCAGCAGGAGCCGCCACGUGGGCUGGAGGAGACGCUACGGCAGCAGGCGCAAGGCAGACCUCUAUUUGCGAAGCAGCGACAACAGAUCCAGCUGAAACCGCUGGGGCGACAACAGCCCUUGGGCACUCAUGCGCGCGCAGUGCAAUACUCGAGCCCAACCGUGUUGCCCCUCUCCACAGCAACAGUCCGGCACCUCUCGUCGGAGCCGCUGCGGCGGUUCACACUUCGGAGGUCGCGAAGGCUAAGAAGGAGCACCUCUUCCGAGUCGCAGCCAGCAGAGCAGCUACUGCGGCCUAUACUGCAGCUGGACACAAUCUCUGGACUGUCAAAGCCCGCGACAACACAUAUUCACUUAGGGUAAUUCCUUGCACUAAAGCAGCAGAUGCAUUUGUCGUCGCCGCCCCCUCCCCUGCCGCUCCACGGCCAGCACAGCGCGUCAGAGUAUGUGGGGACCUCAGGCGGAAGAGUGCCUGCAACUGCUGA